UGUGUGUCUGCUGCGAGGAGCGAGCACCCGCAGCAUCAGCAACACAAAGAGGUCGGAGCUCGCGUGCAGCAGCACGGCGGAGACGCAGAGCGGCGCGGAACACAAAGGCGGGUGGAGGGGAAAUUUCUGUGAUUGAGUGAUCAACCUUAUAGUUACCAUGGCAACAGAUGUCCAAGAAACAAACCAUGAUGUUUGUUUAGAGGUAUCAGUACAGAAAACCCCAGAGCGCAGGACGCAGGGCAAAUUCCAGCCCUUUCGCAGGCUGUUUGCCAAGCGGAAGAAGAGGCAGCCUGAGCGUGGCGUGGAGCAGAAGCAGCUGAGAGCCAGCCGGUCCAACGGCGAUGUGCGCAACAGGCUCAGCUCAGAGGAUGAAGCCAGCUGCCCAAAUCUGAGGGAGCUGAACAGUCGCUGUCUGUCACACGACAGUGUUUUUGUCCCAGACCCACCAGGGGAACCCCAGUCAACCAUGUCCCAGGACAAUGUCUCAGAUAAAGUGAGAAACCUACAGAGACAGAUCGCCCAAAGUAUAAAGUUUGGGCCGAAGCCUCACUCCUCGAGGGAGAGCGAGGGAAGCUCUGAUGAGGAAGACACGCCCACAAGCCCCCUGCAGGUGCAGGCACAGGUGGAGGUGGAGGCGGAGGCAGAGCCAGGGCUGUCACAGGGAGGAAUCCAGAUGGCGGCAGCGGUGGUGGUGAAGUCUCCCCGGUCUAAGAGAGCCCCCCCAGCAGCCGGCACUAUCGAGUCCAUCAACCUGGACGCUGUGCCACAGUCCUGCCCCCGCCUGGACAGCACCGCCGCCCGCCACAAGCUGUCUGUCAAACCCAAAAACCAGCGUGUGUCACGCAAGCACAGGAGGACCACCCAGGAUCUGCAGGAUGUGUCCCACCCUGGAGUUCUUCAGGAAGAGCCAGAACCACAGGCAAGAGCUCCCAGCAUGCCCUGGGGCCACAAAGACCAGUCUGAGUACAAACUCCCCCAAGAAUCAAAGAAACAGAAACUACAUGAGGAAGAGGAGCAGACACUCCAAGAGCUGGAACAGAGGGAGGAGAGACAAAAAGAAGAGGAGCAAAAGAGUGAGGAGGACAGACCAAGAGUAGAGAUGCAAAUGAGAGAAGAGGAGGUACAAAAGAGAGAGGAGGAGAGACAGAGAGAAGAACAACAGAGGCAGAGAGAUGAACUGCGUAAGAAAACAGAGGAGGAGGAGAGACAGAGGGAAGAGGAGCAAUGGAGGGAGGAGGAGCGACAGAGAGAGGAGGAGAGACAGAGAGAGGAGGUGCGAAAGAGAGAGGAGCAAUGGAGAGAGGAGGAGCAAAAGAGAGAGGAGGAGCGACAGAGAGAAGAGGCGCGAAAGAGAGAGGAGAUACAAAGAGAGGAGGAGAGACAAAGAGAGGAGGUGCGAAAGAGGGAGGAGGAGAGACAGAGAGAGGAGGUGCGAAAGAGAGAGGAGGUACAAAAGAGGGAGGAGGAGCGACAGAGAGAGGAGGUACGAAAGAGGGAGGAGGAGCGACAGAGAGAGGAGGUGCAAAAGAGAGAGGAAGAGAAACAAAGAGAGGAGGAGCGACAGAGAGAGGAGGUACAAAAGAUAGAAGAGGAGCGACAGAGAGAGGAGGUACGAAAGAGGGAGGAGGAGCGACAGAGAGAGGAGGUACAAAAGAGGGAAGAACACCUGCGCUUGGUGGAAGAGACGCAGAAGAGAGUGCAGCAGGAGGAGAGAGAGCGGCAGGAUGCUGAGAAACAGAGGAUCCAAGACAUGGAGGAGAAGAGGCGGGGAGAAGAGCACAGGUUGAGGGAGGCAGAAGUGCAGAAGGAGGAGAAGCAGCAGGAAGAGGAGGAGAAAGAGGAGGACCUGGGCAGCAGGCAGCAGCAGGCUGAGGAGCUGCGCUGGCGAGAGAUGGAGGACAGGCAGCGACCUUUCACCUUUAAGGUGUCCUCUGGAGAGAAGCAGAUUCUCUUCCAAAAGGUCAACCUGACUCCUGUGACACCCUGCAACCAGCAAGGCGGCGCCUCUGACAGCAAGGAGGUGCGGACGGCUCCCACAGGAAGCGCAGACUCGCCGCUGCUCCCUGGCUCGCUGUAUGUGCCACACACCGCUAUCCUGGUGACGGGGGCGCAGCUGUGUGGCGCUGCCGUCAACCUGGACCAGAUCAGAGACCCGGCGUGCAAGUCCCUGCUGGGCCUGGCCGAGGACAGGAGGGCCGCAGUGGUGCAGCCCGUCAGGAGCGCGGGGAAGACCAAAUCCCUAAAGGACAGCUCCGCCGAGCAGGCCAGCGCCGCCGUCCUGGCAGAGUGGGCCAGCAUCCGGUCUAGGAUCUUCCGCGGAGCAGAGGGCGGAGCAGAGGGCGGGGCAGAGGGCGGGGUCGAGGCGGGCGGGAGGGGGAGGGAUGCUCGGCCCACCAGCGAGGACCUGAGCCAGAAGUUCGUCUCCCACGGCAACCUCCGCAAGACCCUGUCCGCCAACGCAAAGUUCUCCAUCACUCCAGCACGGCGGAAAUUUCCAGACACCUCCCGGUCCUGUGAGGGGGCGCAACGCGAGCCCCCCUCCCCCGAGCCAGCCGCCGCCCAGGCCCCUCCCAAGCACGGGAAGACCGUGCGGAUUGCAGAUGGGACAGAGGGAUGUGUGUUUGCCAAAGAUCUCCCUUCCUUCCUGGUACCCAGCCCGCCCCCGGGGUCCCCCAAAACCCGGCCGCUGUCCGAGGCCCUGAGCCUCGGCGACCUCGAGGCCAAAGUGGGGGGUGAGGGGAAGGGCCCCGGGGCGGAGGACAAGCCCUCUCCAUUCGGGAUCAAACUGCGGCGGACCAACUUCUCUCUGCGCUUCCACAGCGAGCAGCCCACGGAGAAGAGAAAGAAGCGCUACAGCGCCGGUGACAGCUUUGAGGGGAUCCCCACCCCCCUGACCCCCACUCACCCUGAUCUGGAAGGCUCUGUGUUCCCCAGCCCCACGUCUCCCCUGCGGGAGGAUGGCGGCAAGCCCCCGCUUCCCGCGGGAGGGGCGUCCGAUCUGGCAGCGCUGUCCUGCAGGCCGCCUGUGUUUCAGAAACCGUGUGUCGCCCCAAAACCCCCCAGUGCCACACCACCCCCCUCUCCUCUCUCCAGGGGGAACAGGAGCGCAGAGGGGGCAGGGUGGGAGCGGGGAGAGCACUGCAGGGCAGAACUUGCCUCCCAACAGUCCAGCCGGCAGGAAGAGGUGGAGCUUAAGGAGAAGAGGUCCUUCUUCCCGUCCAUCAACAUUCCCUGGAGGGAGAAGGGAGACAGGAGGGCUGAACUCAGGCGAGAAAAGCCCUCGUUGCAGAGCAGGCACUCGUUGGACAGUGCGCGCACACAGGAGAAGGAGGCGGGGCCUCUGUGGAUCACUCUCGCACUGCAGAAACAGAAGGGGUUCCGAGACCAGCAGCUGAGCCGGGAGGAGAGGCGACACAUGAGGGAGGUCAAGCUGGCUGAGAAGCAAGCGAAAGACCGAGAGACCAGUACGCUCACCAUUCCUCCUGAAACCCAGAGUAGCAGCACCGUCCCCAAACCGCACCCCCCGCCAGAGGAGAGGCCCGACAUGCUACUCAGCAAGUUUGAGCGCAGAGAGAACCUGAGGAAGUCUAAUACUCUGCCAACCUCAGUCACAGUUGAGAUUGCGGACUCCACCACCUCUCCCCCAGCAGUGAAAGAUGUGACCAAACGCUUCCCUUCGUCUGAUUCGCCGGCCGUUUCCACGGAGCCCGCCUGGCUUGCUCUGGCCAAACGCAAAGCCAAAGCCUGGAGCGACUGCCCCCAGAUUAUCAAGUGAAUCCCUCAACAGCCUCACAUUCCCAAAACCCCAUCCUGGAAGCUCCCUCAACAGGCUCACAUUCCCAAAACCCCAUCCCAGAAGCUCCCUCAACAGGCUCACAUUCCCAAAACCCCAUCCUGGAAGCUCCCUCAACAGGCUCACAUUCCCAAAACCCCAUCCCAGAAGCUCCCUCAACAACCUCAUAUUCCCAAAACACCAUCCCAGAAGCUCCCUCAACAACCUCAUAUUCCCAAAACCCCAUCCCAGAAGCUCCCUGAACAACCUCAUAUUCCCAAAAUCCCAUCCCACGUGCUCCCUCAACAAACUCAUAUUCCCAAAACCCCAUCCUGGAAGCUCCCUCAACAACCUCAUAUUCCCAAAACCCCAUCCCACAUGUUCCCUCAACAAACUCAUAUUCCCAAAACUCAAUCCCGGAAACUUCCCCUGCCCCACCUCCCCAAAUCACUCUCCACGAAGUAUCUCUGAAGAAUGGUUCUAUACCCUCACACUCACACAGUCAUGUUUGGUCUGACACCCUUAGAAGUUCAUGUUUGUUUUUACGUCCUUAAAUGGUCAUGUUUGUUUUUAUACCCUUAAACGGUCAUGUUUGACUCGUU